AUGUUGCUCUCCGUUCUCCUCUCUGUUGUGUCUCUGCUGGUGAUGACGGGUAUCGCUGCCCAAACUUUCCCCCCUGAUUUCAACCUAGGUGCUGUCCCGACCGACCAAAAAUAUGCCUGGUGUGAUUCCCAGUCCGCCGCUUGCCCUGCCAUCUGCCAGAACUUUGCCUCGGUCAAUAAGUGCAGCGCAAGUGAUCUGAGCUACACCUGCACCUGCGGGGACGGAACCACCCCCGACCUGACCAAGUAUAAGAGCACGAUGCCGUUCUUCAUCUGCACCUCGACCUUUGCCCAAUGUAUUGCAAGCCACCCCGAUGACCUGAUGGGUCAGAGAGCCUGCAAGGAGAACCAGUCCAAAUGUCUCGGCACUCAGGAUCCUUUUAAAUCAAAGGGGGAGAUCACUUCCAGCGCCAGACCAACCAAGACCCAAGAAGCGCAGAUCUCAAGCAACAUCCCCACCGUCACCCAAAAUACAAGUUCCUCAAAGACCAGCAACCCAGCUUCCACCCUCCGUGUGCCUCAUGAUUCCUCUGCUAGCAUCCUAGUUGCCGCUUUCCUCGCGGCUUUCAAGCUUUUCAUGUAG